AUGCGCCACCUCACGUUUGUUUUGCUGAACAUUUUCGGUAUUCAACAGGCUGUUUUGGCUGCUCGAAACGAAUCAAGCAUUCAAUGCGGCAUACUUGCCGACACGAACCGGGAUGGCAUUGUCGACGACUUGGAUAGAGACCAUAAGCAUAUGUGGACGUCCAACUACGGCGCAAUUUUUCUUCCCAACAUUGGCGAUGAGCAUCGACGGUGCGCAAUUCGUGAUGGGACCGGCAUAUCCUUCAGUAACGAGGAACUCGCCGCGUGUAAUGAUGCGACGGGAGAUAGACUUAUCACAACCCGUUAUGCGGCAAAGCUACGAACAGAUCCGGUCCAGGGUCUGUCUGGAGAUGCGGUCGGAAAAAUAUACACGGAUCCUCCCUCGUCACUUUCCCGCGUUCGAGUAUUCUGGCUGCACGGCAAUAGCCCCAAUGUGUCCUCAGACUGGACUUUGGUGCAACCGGAACUGUCCUUUAACUCUACAGCCCUUUCAAAAGGACUGAUUCUCGCAAUCGAUGGAAGGGAGUUAACUACGGGUACCAACGACUGGAAUGGAAGAGUUGAUAUUGUUUUCAAGGUUACCGAUUCUGGACGAACAGCAACCGACUUCGUGGCAAUGAGACAGGCACCAAUUCUGGUCCACCACCACCUGCACAAGACAGAGACUGUUGUUACACUCCAAACGAGACAAGGCGUAUCCAAAUGGCAAGCACCCUUUGUAGAGAAACUGCGUGGUGUUCUUGGGAAUUUAGAUUCUCAGCCAUCGCUGCUUGUGCUCAACAAUAGCUACGAUGUUUGGGGUCAAGACUUUAUGGAACCUGCAUUCGCAAGCAUGCCAGGUCCAAAUGGCCCUGUUUCUCUUCGAGUGCUUCUCCGCUCUCCGCAGUCAACUAGACGGAAUGGACGAAAGGUGUUCGAGCAGCUUCGAGGUCCCGGAGUGGGAGGUUGGCAGCCCGGUCUUGGAACUGGUUUUGGAUGGGAAGAGAUUAACUCUGGCGGUAACAUGGAGACUAUUCCGCCUUACGUUUCCCGAUCGGGAGUCCGCUAUCGCAACGGUCGGGUUCUGCUCGGAAAGCACUUUGAUACCUACCCUGCCCAGUCUUGGAUCGAUUUUCUGGAGUCCCAAGGGGAGCAGCCACCCCUGUUUCUUGAGGCUGGCUGGCUUGUUGCCGGCCACAUUGAUGAGAUGGUCCAGUUCUUGCCCUACAACAAUACUCUCGGUUUCAAGAUGGCAGUGCCAGACAUGAGGUCAGCUAUCGCAACUCUAAAAAACCUAAACAGCACCGGCCAUGGUGCGGUGCCAGCACUGAGCUAUGAUGGAGAUAUGACCCCUGACACAGACGCUAUUUUUCUCGACCCUAGUGUUCGAAACAAGACCGUCAGUUCUCUGUUGUCAGAUGAACGAUUCAUCUGGGUCAAUGAGUAUGCCCAAAAAUAUGUGGACAGCAAUCUGUCUAUAUUGCUAAGAGAACUGCCAAUCGAAGACAGCGAUGUCAUUCGUGUGCCAACGUUAUGGAAGGAUAAUACGUAUCCCUGGCCCCGGAGCCCUGAUGGUAUUCCCACACGACUUCGCCGAGCAUAUCCUGGCCAGAGACAGCUGCAAACGUUUCAUCCAUCGGCUGUGAAUGGAAUUGUACUUGGUUCAGACUAUGUUGCCCCGAAGCCAUGGGGCCCAUUGGUGGAUGGGAAAGAUGUCUUGGAGGAUGCCAUCCGUGCUGCGUACGCCAGUGCAGACAUGAAAACCGUGUUUAUUGAUAAUUACAUGUCACAUCACGUUCGAGGUGGCGAAGUUCAUUGCGCAACAAAUACCCUCAGAGACACAAACAUUGCUUGGUGGACAAUGAAUUGA